UGUUGUUCAUAAUGAUAUUUCGGAAGGCUCGCUCUUUCCUCUUCAGCUUCGCUUUGUCUCGCCCAGAGAGCGGGAGGUUUGAACAUUGUUAUUAUCCCGUUUGUUCUUGCCUUUUUUUUUUUUUUCUUGACACAGUCACACCUCAACUGCCAGCCAACCCAUAGGACGUCCUUUCUUGCCCACAAUGUUUAUUACACCCCAAGAGUCCCACCUGAUUUCCGUGCGCGCGGGGCAGGGCGAUCUUGCUGGACUUGCCAUUAUCGUCAAAAGUCUUGCUCAGCGGGAAAAGGUGACCGAAGCAGAGGUCUUGAUCUCGUGCAAGGACGACUUCCAGAGAACGGCGGCGCAUAUUGCAGCUCAGCUGGGACAAAGAUCUUCAAUCGAGACAUUGGCAGCCCUGCUCGACUCAGAAGAGGACAAGGCCACUUAUUUCAACAUGGCAAAUCGCUUUACGGGCGACCGGCCGGUCCAUACAGCAAUGCGUUUUGGCUACCUUGAGGUCUUGAGAACACUGGUCACGCAUGGCGCUGACCCGACAGCUAAGAACCGAUUCGGAGAUACGGUAUUGGACUAUCCGGGCGAAUAUGAGAUGGACGAGGUCAAGAGCAUUGUCGACGAAUACAGGGCAAGGUUUCCACAGACCACGACAUGAGUACGUUGACGAGGGAAGAGAAGACAGCAAGUAUGUAUCAAAAGAAAGCAUGAAGAAGUUGGCACCGCCUUCUAAUCGAGCGGAAAUCGAGCAAUGAGCAUGUCUUCUCCGGAAGGCCCAAACACACCACGUUCCCUAUCUGCCGGUUCAGUUGUCCACCUGGUCCUCCUUCCUACACUGGCGGGCCGGGUCUCUCUGCUAAAUCGAGAAGGUGGUCGUCUCCAAGGCUUGGAACUGAC